AGGAAGAGGGGACACAAAACGUGAAAGCGCCUUACUCUCUUCUCUAAUCAAAUUCAUUUUUUUUAUUUCUUCUUUUAAUUAUUAUUAUUCUUUUUUUUUUGAAAUUGAGUUUUGGCCUUCUGUCCUUCUCUGUCCCUCUCUCUGUAAGAGCGUUGCUUCGGCGGGAUAUGCCCAUGGCGGUGCCGCUGUAGUUGAAAGAAAGCCAAGUGUUUAUCGCCGCCGCCGCCUUUGCCGUCUCUGAAACUUCGACCGACGCCUUAAACUUCGAAUUUCUCGUCUCGAAUACUUGACGCUGUUUGGGGCUGGGAGCGGUGGUGGAAGAAUAGGUGGAGUUUACUUUUGAGAUCUAAAGGUGUUGUGAGUGGAGAUCGUCGGUUCUUAGAAGUAGUCGAUGAAGCAGUGUCACUAAUUAUAUUGCGCUAUUCUCGGAUUCAAAUACUUUGGGGAAUUUUUACAGUGGAAUGCCGCUGUUGCAAUUUCAAUUUCUAGGUUUUCUUCGUGUUCUGAUGCUAUUUUGGUCCUAAAUUCUUGACUAUACAUGCCAUGACUACCAAACGGGCGUACAAGCUACAAGAAUUUGUGGCACAUUCUUCCGCUGUCAAUUGCCUGAAGAUUGGAAGGAAGUCAUCCCGUGUUCUUGUCACAGGAGGAGAAGACUUCAAAGUCAAUCUAUGGGCUAUUGGUAAACCCAAUGCCAUACUGAGUUUGACUGGCCAUACGAGCGGAAUAGAUUCUGUAAGCUUUGACUCAUCAGAAGUGUUGGUAGCUGCAGGGGCUGCCAGUGGCACAAUCAAGCUUUGGGAUUUGGAGGAGGCUAAAAUUGUUCGAACGCUUACUGGUCAUAGAUCCAAUUGCAUUUCUGUGGAUUUUCAUCCCUUUGGGGAAUUUUUUGCUUCUGGGUCCUUGGAUACAAAUCUUAAGAUAUGGGAUAUCCGGAAGAAAGGGUGUAUCCACACAUACAAAGGUCACACUCGAGGAGUCAAUGCAAUCAGAUUUACUCCUGAUGGGCGUUGGGUUGUAUCUGGUGGAGAAGACAACACAGUGAAGCUCUGGGAUUUAACUGCUGGAAAGUUGUUGCAUGAUUUCAAGUGUCACGAGGGUCAGGUUCAGUGUAUAGAUUUUCACCCUCAUGAAUUUUUGCUAGCAACAGGUUCAGCAGAUAAGACAGUUAAAUUUUGGGACCUGGAAACCUUUGAGUUGAUUGGUUCAGCUGGACCCGAGACCAGUGGAGUUCGUUGUUUAACGUUUAAUCCAGAUGGGAGGACACUGCUUUGCGGAUUGCAUGAAAGUUUGAAGGUUUUUUCAUGGGAACCAAUUAGAUGUCAUGAUGGUGUGGAAGUUGGUUGGUCUAGGCUGUCCGAUCUUAAUGUUCAUGAGGGGAAACUUCUUGGUUGUUCAUACAAUCAGAGCUGUGUUGGAGUGUGGGUUGUAGACAUUACGCGCACAGAGCCCUAUGCAAUUAACAAUGUUAACAGACUAAAUGGUCGAUCAGAACCUAAAUCCAGCAGUAAUCUACCACAGCAAAAUGAGAACAAUACCAAGGCUGGUUUUGGUGGAUUGUCGGUAUCACAAACUUCUGAUCCACUAUUGAAGGAAACCAAAACAUUGGGAAGGUUGUCAGUUUCUCAAAAUUCAGACGUUGUCAAGGAUCCAAAAUCUUUGUCAUCCACAGGAAAUGGACCAAGUACUCCUCAAAAGAUCAAUUUAAAUGCUGGCCCAAAGACUAAUCCGGUUAGCUCAGUAACAGUACCUAGUGCAGUGGUGCCAAAGAGAAACUCCGUGAAGGCUACUUCAACAUUCAGCAACCCAAUCUUCAAUAAAUCAGAUGUGAUACCCGUAAUUGUACCUAGGACAAGUUCAAGGCACGAGCAGGAUGAUUCUAGAAAGGAAUUUGAUGUUGCUGGAAGAGCAGUGCCUGUACCUAGGACAAAUUCAAGGCAUGAGCAGGAUGAUUCUAGAAAAGAAUUAGAUGUUGCUGGAAGAGUAAUGCCACUGUCCAGGUCAAAUUCAAGGCAUGAGCAGGAUGAUUCUAGAAAGGACUUUGAUGUUGCUGGAAGAGCAGUUCCAGUACCAUUGCUAUCAAAAACUACUGACAAUAGGAGGUUUCUAAAUGGUAGAGAUGAAGUUGGUAAUCCAACCAUCUCCGUCCUUUCUGAAUCCAGAGGCUUGAAGGCUAAUGACAUGAGCACCAUGGAUAAUAGGAAUUCCUUGCAUGACAUUGGUUCAAUUCAAGGAGUAUCUGCUCCACAGAAGAUUGUGAAAGAAGAAAGAUAUAUUGGAUCUGGGAAGAAUGAAACGGAAUCAAAAGAGACAACAGCAAACUACAAACACGAAGAUGAUCCUCGAGGCCAUAAAAUAAGCAGGGAUACAUCUUUUCCUGAAGCUACAAAAGGAGGGAGAUUGCGUUCACAUGUAGAUUGGGAGAAAAGAGAGAGAUCGAAUUUUAGCCGGCUAACAUAUAAUGCCUCCCCUGGAAGAGCAGCUGCACUGGAAAAUAUUCCAUUAAAUAAUGGGAGAGGUUAUCGUCGAUCUCCUGAGAAAGAAACAGUAUCACCUGCAAGUGAUGAGGAUACCAUAGUAGAUGUUCUACAACAACAUGAUCAAUUUAUCAACUCGAUGCAAUCUCGGUCAGCAAAAUUGCAAGCCGUCUAUAGAUAUUGGGAAAGACAUGACAUUAAAGGGGCGGUUUCUGCAAUGGAGAAAAUGGCUGAUCAUGCAGUUGCUGCCGAUGUAAUUAGUAUUAUGACCAAUCGAAUUGAAGUUGUCACCCUGGAUAUCUGCAGUUGUAUUCUGCCUGUUCUUUCUGGCCUCCUUGAAAGUGACAUGGAUAGGUAUUUAGACAUUUCUAUGGAAAUGCUAGUGAAGCUGGUGAGGACGUUUGGUUCGGUGAUCUAUUCAACGUUAUCGGCAACAUCAUCUGUUGGAGUUAACAUUGAGGCAGAGCAAAGGUUGGAGCGAUGUAAUCUCUGCUUCAUCGAGCUUGAAAAAGUUAAGCGCUGCCUGCCAGCCCUUAUAAGAAAAAGGGGAUCAGUAGCAAAGUCAGCACAGGAGUUGAAUCUUGCACUCCAGGAAUUUCAAUGACAUAUAAUAAAACAAAAUAAAUCCAUCACUCUUCCUGCUGUGGCUUCCUUUGCUUUGCUUUGGAAAGAGAGUUUUUCCCACUCUUCUUCUCUUCAUUUCAUUUCAUAUGCAACACAUCAUCAUGAAGAUACCUUGCCAUCUUCCACUUCACUUCACAUCACAUCACAGUUCUUCCUUCCUCUUACUCUAUAAGUAAGUAGUAAAACAAAGUACAGCCACAGGUACUUUAUUGACCACUGCCUAAUUCUGCACAUACCUAAAACAGGAGACAACCAAAAAAAGAAAAAGGAGGGCUAAUUUGUAGUAGAGGACUGCGUUUGGUUUUGGUUUUGGAGAACCAUCAUCUUCAUAAGCCACCCCUUUCUAUGUGGUGAAGGAGUUGAGUGAGUUACCUGACCCCCUAAAAACUACCUUUUUCUUUGGCUAACCCUUCCCUUUCCCUAAAUGUUGUACACCACACCAUUUUCUUCAUCUAACUCACUUUGUUACUGAAUAUUAUUAGUUAUGUUGUGGGUGUUGUUUAUAUUGGUCCACUUCCUCUCUGUCUUGUCUUUGUCGAGGGAGGGCGGGCUCUUUCUUGUAAUACCACAUAUGCCCUCUCGUGUAUCUCACUCACCAAUUCAUUAAAUUUAUAAGCUAUUUUCUUCUAAUGA